AUGGGGGAGACCAAUACAGUCACACCAACCAUCACUGCCUUCACAAACAGCAGCUGGAAUGCCACUGUACCUCCAGUCGACCAUGUGGCCAAUGUGAUCAGCUGGCUGACAUUCAGCAUUGGGUUACCUGCCAUCGGAUUGGCUAUUUACGCCCUUAAGAACCUGGCCAAAGGUCAGAACAAGGUUCCCAUCCACAUCAUCAGCCUCUUGGUCUCUGAUGUCCUGAGUUUCUUUGGGAGGCCCCAGGAGAUGACAGGGAGCCUCCUCUCCUCAGACACGACCACCCUCCUGUUCUACUUCGGCGUCGUCUCCAACGUCACCUUCAUGGUGUGCAUAGCUCAGGAGCGCCACCUGCUGGUAGCCUACCCGCAGUGCCACGAAUGCUUCGGCAGAGUGAAGCAGUCGGCGGUGAUCUCUCUGGCCGUGUGGGCUGCCCCGUUUGCUGUACUGGCCCUAGUGGUGCUCCGGUACUACUUCUGGUUCUCUGUGGUUCUGCUCGCCCCAUUCCCUCUUCUCUUGUUUUUUGCCAUCGACUCCAGCAGGGCGGUGCUGUGCUGCACAGGCUCCCCUCCAACGGCAGAGAGGCAGAGGACGGUGUGGGGACUGAUGGUAGUUUUCACCAACUACACUCUUCUUUACCUGCCCUUCGCCCUCAGCAUCCUGCUGGAGUCCCUGGGGCUCCAAAGCAAGGUUCGGUAUCUGGGCCUGGUUUCGCAUCUGAUGCUGUACCUCAGCCCUCUGGUGGACCCGUUUCUUUACAUAUUUCUAACCAAAGGGCCCCAAGAAGUUUGGCGGGCCCUGUCGUGUUUUAAGAAGAGGGGGGGGACGGAAGACAGCCGCUCCACUGUGGACACGGUAGCUGAGACUGUGGAGACGAGACUAUGA